UCAAAACCCUCGUUUUUUUCACCUUCUACAUUCCUGUUCUCUUCAGCAGAUCGUCGACGGCAGUGUCGGUGACCGGAAAAUAUGGUGCAUGUCUCCUUUUACCGCAACUAUGGGAAGACCUUUAAGAAGCCUCGACGCCCAUAUGAGAAGGAGCGAUUGGAUGCAGAGUUAAAGCUUGUCGGAGAAUAUGGAUUGAGGUGCAAGAGGGAGCUUUGGAGAGUUCAGUAUGCUUUGAGCCGUAUCAGAAAUGCUGCAAGAAUGCUUCUGACCUUGGAUGAGAAAGACCCACGUCGUAUUUUUGAAGGUGAAGCACUCUUGAGAAGGAUGAACAGAUAUGGGUUAUUGGAUGAGAGCCAGAACAAGCUUGAUUAUGUCUUAGCCCUCACUGUCGAGAACUUUCUUGAGCGUCGUCUCCAAACCCUCGUCUUCAAGACUGGCAUGGCCAAAUCAAUCCACCAUGCUAGAGUGCUCAUUCGACAAAGGCAUAUCAGAGUUGGUAGGCAGGUGGUGAACGUUGCUUCUUUUAUGGUGAGAGUGGACUCCCAGAAGCACAUUGACUUCUCUCUCACCAGUCCAUUCGGUGGUGGGCGCCCUGGAAGAGUGAAGAGAAAGAACCAAAAGGCUGCUGCAAAGAAGGCAGCUGGUGGUGAUGGAGACGAGGAAGAUGACGAAUGAGCUCUUAUCUUAUUUUACCUUUGGAUUUUGUACUUUUGCCUAUGUUGUACUUCCUUUCUUGUUUUAUGUUUCUGCAUUUUUAUGCACCUUUCAUAUGUUAGCAAUGUUUUUAACAAAGGUCGUGGAAAAUUUAAGAGUUGGAUUUCGUACUUGUCAAGUACUCGUUAGGCUUUGGUCUAAAUUUAUUAUUGGACCAAUAUACCUGGUAGUAUUUAACUGCCAGUUUAAUUGGAUUAA